UUUUUUUUUUUAAAUCCUCAUGUUCAAAACCAGUGAGGCCUCACUGAUAUAGCUCAGUGGUACUGCACCUGCCUCACAAGCUCAAGGUCCAGAAUUCGAUCCCCAGUAUCCAAAACAAAAUAAAAACAGUGGGACAGGAAGAUGCAAGAUGCGUUUAAGAAAAUGCUAAUGUACUACUCAUUGAACCCUUGUUAUGUGCCAGCUGUUCUAUCCCUGAAACCUUCAAAGUAGCUAGGUGUUGGAGAUUUUUAUCACCUGAGGCAUAGAUGAAAAUGGGUUUGGAGAUUGAAGGGCAGUUUUGUAUUUUGAGGGUUUUUUUUUUGGUACCAGGGAUCGAACUUGGGUCCUUGCUCUUGUGAGGCAGGCGGCGGAACCACUGAGCUAAAUCCCAGGACCUGAAGGGCAGUUUUAUGAUCACCCAGAUGGUUGAGUCCAGAUUUAAACUUAGCCUUUCUUUCCUUCUUUAUUUUGGUACCAGGGAUCAAACAUAGGUCCUUGCACUUUCGAGGCAGGCAGCAGAACCACUGAGCUAAAUCCCAGGCCCCUUAAACUUAACCUUUUUCACCAUGUCCACAUCUAGAUGUGCUCUAGGGGGCGGGGGAUUUGGCUCAGUAGUUCCACUGCCUGCCUCGCAAGUGCAAGGACCCAAGUUCCAUCCCUGGUACCAGAAAAAAAAAAAAAUGCGCUCUAGUUGGAGUGUGGUUGGGGGCACAGCCUGAUGGUUGGACCGGCCGGGUGUGGUGGUACACACCUGUGAUCACAGCACUUCGGAGGCUGUGGUGGGACAAUCCCAGGUUCGAAGCCAAUGUGGAGAAGGGUUGGACAGGAUGAAGAAUUCUUGCUACCUUCCUUAUAAGGACACCGUGGCAGCCGUACCUCCCAGUCAAUCAAAGCAGAGUCUGAAAGCCUUACAUUUAGCAGCCUGAGCCUGCUUGACUAUCCAACCCAGCCUUCCCUGGUCCCUGCUCUGCUGCCAGGGGUCCUCCUAGCUAAUGCCUCACACUGAACUUAUGGUGAGGGCCUUAGCACACACUCAAAUCUCUUAGCCAUUUGUUUUUGUUGCUAGAAACCAGGGCCUUGCACACAGAAGGACAGUGCUGUACCAUGAGCUAUAUCGCAAGCCCCUCAUCCGCUUAAGACAAAGUCUUCUAUGUUGCCCAGCCUGGCUUGGAAAUACUGAGCUGAAGUGAUCUUUCUGCUUCAGCCUCCCUAGUGGUGUGGAAUACAGGCUCUCUAUCCGAGGCCAUCCUUUUUUGUUUUUGCUGAAUUGGCUCAUUCAGUAGCCAGAGUUCUUUUUAAAUGCCAAUCAUGGUUGUUACCGUGUAGUUAACUGCUGUUACUAACACAUGCCACCCUGUAGACUUCACUUUCCUUUAAAGAGCUUCUACUUUUGGAACAAAGUUGCACAAACUGAUUCAAAGUAGUGAAUGAAGACUUUUAUGAGGGAAAUAGUUGUAGUGGUAAUCAGGGAUGGCAGGAUUUGAAAGGCAGCCCUCCAUACGCUGAGGCAGGAGGAUCUCGAGUUCAGAGGCAGUUUGGAUUAUAUACACUCGCAAAACGAACAAGAUCAGAAUUUUGUACCUGAAAGAUUUCUCCAGAGUGGGUGGACUGAUCUACAGAAUGAAUGAACAGACCACCCCUGGUCACCACCCAGCAUGGAGCUCCGUACACGCGCACACGCUGGGCUGAUCCUUUCCUCUGGGUGGUGUCGGCUGCGCGAGCAACCUCUGGACCUUUCAACAGCCGCUUAACACCUGGCCCCGCCCCUUGCGGCGACCCUCUCGCUCCGGGGGCGGGGCCUGGAGCACGUUCGGAAGCGCGCGCCACGGGCAGGUUAUACGCAUGCGCAGAAGGCGCGAGCGCGAAGGCGGGAAAAGAUGGAGCGACUCGAAGCAGACCAGGCCCGUGCAGAGUUGAGUGACCAGGCGUUGCCGGCCGUGGCGGAGGGUGAGGAGCAGCUAAUCUGUGAGGACAGCUGCGCCACCGAGAAACCCGGCGGGGGCUUGGCGAGUGCCUGCCACCAACUGCCAGUGCUGGAAGCAAAGUCAGGACUCUGCUUUUCCUCUCUGCACUCAAGGAUCGACAUUUUGAAGAAGAGAGCCCAGGACCUGAUUGAAAACAUCAAUGAGAACAGGCAGAAGGACCAUGCACUCAUGACCAACUUCAGGGACAGCCUCAAGGUCAAGGUCUCAAAUCUGACAGAGAAGUUAGAGGACAGGAUAUACCAGGUUUACAGCUACGACAGCAAGAUCAUUCAGGAAAGAUUGGAGGAAUUCACCCAGAAAAUGCUGCAGAUCAGCCACCUGGAGAUGGAGCUCAAAGAAGCAUGCCACACUGUGGAGUCUGUGUACAGGGACCUGUGCAUGCAGCCUGAGGCAACCACUUUAGAAGAGCAGACCUACAAAGAUCUUGAAUGCUAACAGAUGGCUGGGAGAUUUGCCUCCUAGUAACAGCCACCCAGAGACGGCUCGGAGCCCACCUUCAAGCCACACUGAGAUUGUUUUCUACAGUUCUAUAGUUCUAUAUUGCAAAUAGGCAAAAGCAAAACAAAACAACAAAAAAAAAAUAAAGUUCU